UAUAGACGUGUAAACAUGGAGUUCACUAACGCCGAAAUUCGCGCUAUUUUAAAGUUUUCCUUCGUUAAAGGCAAAUCCGCUAGAGAAACGUUCCGUGAGAUUAAUGGUGUUUUGGGGGAUGGUACUCUAUCACUUCGAACCGCGGAGGAAUGGUUUCGACGAUUCAGAGCCGGUGAAAACGACACCAUGGAUAAGCCAGCCGGCGGAAGACCUGUGACGACAAAUACCGAUCAAAUCAUGGAAUACAUCGAGUUAGACCGGCAUGUGGCAUCUCGUGACAUCGCCCAGGAGAUGGGAGUUAGUCACCAAACCAUUUUAAACCAUCUGCAGAAGGCUGGAUACAAAAAAAAGCUUGAUGUUUGGGUGCCGCAUGAUUUGACGCAAAAAAACCUUCUGGACCGAAUCAACGCCUGCGAUAUGCUGCUGAAACGGAACGAACUCGACCCAUUCUUGAAGCGGAUGGUGACUGGCGACAAAAAAUGGAUCACAUACGACAAUAUCAAGCGAAAACGGUCGUGGUCGAAGGCCGGUGAAUCGUCCCAAACAGUGGCCAAGCCGGGAUUGACGGCCAGGAAGGUUUUGCUGUGUGUUUGGUGGGAUUGAAAGGGAAUCAUCCACUAUG